AUUGAAUUCUGAUGAGUAGACAAGGGAAUUCACAAGAUUAUGAUUGGCUAGUUAAGGUUAUUGUGAUUGGUGAUUCGGGAGUGGGUAAGACGAAUGUCUUGUCGUAAUUUUGCGAUUCGAAGUUUUCGAUUACUCAUAUGACCACUUUGGGCGUGGAUUUUAAGAUCAAGACAAUUGAGGCAGAUGGGAAGAAGUUGAAAUUGCAAAUUUGGGACACGGCAGGUUAAGAGCGAUUCAGAACUAUAACAAAAACCUAUUACAAGGGUGCUCAAGGAGUAGAAAUCAUUAUUAAGUGUAGGUGAUUUUGACAUACAGUGUGAUUGAUAGACAGUCGUUUUAUAAUGUGGACGGGUGGUUGAAGGUAAGCAAAAGUUGAUUAUGAAAAGUCGAUUCAAGAGAAUACGAAUUCGAAUGAUGUGCAAUUGGUGUUGUUGGGCAAUAAGGCUGACAUGUCUGCAGAGAGAUAGGUGACUCUGGAGGAGGGCAUGAAGUUGUCACAACAAUUCAAUAUUCCAUUCUUCGAGACUUCAGCCAAGAGCAAUAUGAAUAUCAAUGAAGCCUUCCAAAACUUGUCGCAGAGGAUCAUUCAGACUCUCUCCAAGAUACAAGCUAAUGAUGAGACUCACAACCUCAAUAUAAAGUAAACAGGAGGAAAGGAGAAACCCAAAUCUGAUGUAUUAUAUUUAGAUUUGAUUAAUAGAUCUGUUGCUGAUAUUAUAAAUUUAUUAGACAAG